GUGACUGCUUUCCUUUAAAACCGAGACAGGUUCAUUUUAUUCUGUUAUUCAAGGGUAGACUGGUUAGCUGUUGUAUGUAAAGUAGUAUGUCACGUCAUGUUAAGUUAGGUUAUGUUUAAACUAUAAAUUCUUGUGUUGGGUGUCUUACUUGAAACAAAAUAUUCAAUUAUUCUGAUGUUCUGGGAAAACCUUUUUCAUGUGGUUUGGCUUCUUAAAAUUUGUGAAUAGAUGGGCGUGGCUGCUGUUGUGCACCUUUAUGUCUUCCCAGCAGAACCUUACAAAAGGGGGGAGAGGUGUGUCCGUAAUGUAGCAGUGAUGACUGACUAUGCCUCGCUAGGAUCUCCACCAGACCCCGAGGAGGUUCGUGACUGUCAGCGCUCGACGAGAACAUGGCUGGGAGCUUAUGAGAGAGAAAAACCUAUGAAAUUUACCCAGAGUGUUCGGGACGUUGUUGUUGGAAGUGGUGAAAUUAUUGUCGAUGACAUGAUAUUUACAGUUUCUCAUGUGGUGGAGCCUGUUGAGAGGGGCAUUGCAAAGAUAAACAAAACCUUCCAUCAGAUAUCAGAAAAUGUGAAACGCCAUGAGCAGCGGACGCAAAUCGCCAAGGAUGAUUGUUACCUUGUUCCCUUGCGAUCACGAAUACCAGAAUUUUCUGACGUUCAUGAUAGUAUGGGUGAUGGAAGUUUCAGUGAUAGUGGCUUAUCCAGUGGAAAACGACAGUAUUCUCAAUUAAAAGCAGGAACCUCCAGAAGUAGAAGAUAGUGUUUUUUUAACAGUUCAGUGUAUAUAUAGUUACACACGAAUCGACGUGAAAUUUUAUACUACGUCGUUAUAUUUCGGUGAAAGUGCUGAAAUAUAAGUGUAUAUAUUUAACUUGAGGUGAUGGAUUGAGACACUGAAUAAUACCUGCUAUACGUGUAACAUAUCAUCAAGGUGUAUGCGUCAUGUGUAGUGCUCCUCGUAGAUGUUGAAGGAUUAUUAUAGGUUCCACUUCAAUUUUUUACAUUUAAUGAUAUGUUUGUUUUAGCUGGUC